AUGUGCCCGCGGUCGCGGCGGGGCGACGAAGCCGCGAUGAGCGCGGCGGGCGGGGGCUCCCCGCGGCCCUGGAAGCCCGACCCGGGGCAGGCGGACGGGGGGCGGCCGCCGGGGCCGGCGCUGCCGCUGACCCUCAGCGUGCUGGCCUGGCUGGGCACCGGCACCACCAUGGCCGGCCUCAACAAGUGGAUCUUCGCGGCGCACGGGUUCCGCUACCCGCUGCUGCUCUCGGCGCUGCACAUGCUGUCCGGCGUGGCCGUGGGCUACCCGCUGGGCUGGGCGCGGGCACCCGGCCCCCGGCCCCGAGCCAGGAUCUACCUGCUCAGCCUCACCUUCUGCACCAGCGUGGCCCUGGGCAACCUGGGCCUGAGUUACGUGCAGCUGGACGUGGCGCAGGCCGUGGCCACCACCACGCCGCUGGUGACGCUGGUGCUGGGGGUGCUGGGGGGCCGGCGGCCGCACCCGCUGCAGUUCUGGGCCAUGGGGCCGGUGUGUGCCGGGGCCGCCUGCAGCAUCGCCGGCGGGCUCUGCUUCUCCCAGCCCGGCUGCGGCUUCCUCCUGGCCGCCACCGUGCUCCGCGCCCUCAAGUCCAUCCAGCAGAGCGUGCUGCUGCAGGAGGACCGUCUGGACGCGCUGUCCCUGCUCGGCCUGACGUCCCUGCCCAGCUUCGUGCUGCUGUUCGGAGCGGCCGUGGCGCUGGAGCUGGGCCCCUCGUGGCAGGGCGUCCUUCGCCCCGACGCCGCGCUCUGGGGCUGCGUCCUGCUCAGCUGCCUGGGCUCCGUCCUCUACAACCUGGCCACCUCCUGCCUCCUGUCCCUCACCUCGGCCCUCACGCUGCACCUCCUGGGCAGCCUCACCGUGGUGGGCAACCUGCUGCUGUCGCGGCUGCUGUUCGGCACGCGGCUGGGCGCGCUGGGCUACGCCGGCGUGGCGCUGACGCUGGCCGGGAUGGUGCUGUACCACCAGCCCCGGCUCCUGGCCGCCUGCCGGGGGCUGCGGCGGCACCCGCGCCACGAGUAGGGACCUGCGGGGGGAUCGGGGCCAGGAGGGCUCUGGGGGAGUGCUGCGCACGUGUGUGACUCCGUGCACGUGUGUGCCAGGGUAUGUGACUCUGUGCAUGUGCGUGCCAGGAUGUGUGAGUCCACACCUGCUGUGCACGUGUGUGCCACUGUGUGUGACUGUGCAUGUGUGUGCCAGGGUGUGUGACUGUGCACGUGUGUGCCAGGGUGUGUGAGUCCACACCUGCUGUGCACAUGUGUGCCAUUGUGUGUGACUGUGCAUGUGUGUGCCAGGGUGUGUGACUGUGCACGUGUGUGCCAGGAUGUGUGAGUCCACACCUGCUGUGCACAUGUGUGCCACUGUGUGUGACUGUGCAUGUGUGUGCCAGGGUGUGUGACUGUGCACGUGUGUGCCAGGGUACAUAGCUCUGUACACGUGUGUGCCAUGGUGUGUGACUGUUCGUGUGUGUGCCAGGGUCCGUGUCUCUGUGCACAUGUGUUUUCUGGUGUGCCCAGAUGUGAGUGUACACGUCCUGCUUUGCACAGUGUACACGUGUGCCGGUGUGCACACGGAUGUGCUGAUGUGUACACGUGCUGUGUGCACAGCUGUGUGCACGUGUGUGGGAUUGCACACUCGGGUGUGAGUGGGUCGGUGUGCAGUUCUGAGCUUGUGGGUGUGCACAGGCUCUGCAGGCGUGAGCAUGGCUCUGUGUGGGCCGUGCGUGUGUUGGUGUGUAUGACCCCGCACACAUUGGUGUGCACAGGCUCUACGCGUAAGCCUGUCUUGUGCUUGUGGGCACGUGUGCGUUGGUACAGACUGCACACAAGUGAGUGCCUGCGUGGCACGCGUGUCCCGGUGUGCGCAGGUUGGGUGUGCACAGCUCCGUGUGCGUGUGCAGCCGCGUGCUGCUGGCAGGUCCUGCUGUGCACAGGGGCUCUGUGCAGGUGAGCAGGUACCUGUGUGUGUGCACUGGCUCUGCACAGGGAUGUGGCUCUGGGUACACAGCUCCAGACAUACAGCCCCGUGCAUCCAGCUGCUGUCUCACCUGGGAAAACAGGCGUGUUUGUGUGUGUUUGUGUGUGUGUGUGUGUUUGUUUGUCACUACAGAGCUCUGCUGGCUGGAGUGGCCCCUGGUUCUUGUUGCUGAACCGAAUGCCCAGGACAGGGCGGGUGUGUGUCCCCUCUCCUGUCCCCAUCCCUGCCGUGUCGUGACAAUCCCACAGGGUUGCCGGUGGUGCUGCCAGUGUCGUCUUUGUCCUCACCACGCCCCUCAGUCCCCACAGCUGUCCCCACCUCUCCCAGCUCGCUGCAGACUGGCAUCCGUGGCAGAGAUGGUGAGCGCCCAGCCGAGGGGACGGGAGCAGCCUGGACCAGCUGCCAUCGCUCCAGGACAGCGGUGGGCUGUGACACAGGACGGUGCUGGGCUGUGACACAGCACAUGCUCACCAUGGCAAAGGGACAGCCCAGUGUGUGUGCCUGGCACUGCUGCUGGGGUCCGUGGUGGCCGUUGCCACACUUGUAUCUCCACUCUGGGGCCAAAGGACCCAGCUCCGAUUGCACUCGUCCCGAAAUAAAGCUCUAUUUUUGUUGUACUCCA